GGUCUCCAUAGAGACCGCUUCUCCUAGCAACCUGGCGGGCGUUGAGCAGAACCGCAGGCCUGAUGGACUCCGAGAGCCUCCUGCUAUCGCUGGAGUUGGCGUCCGGCAGUGGGCAGGGCCUCAGCCCCGACCGCCGGGCCUCCCUGCUCACUUCCCUCAUGCUGGUUAAGCGCGACUACCGCUAUGACCGGGUCCUCUUCUGGGGCCGCGUCCUCGGCCUCGUUGCCGAUUACUACAUCGCGCAGGGCUUGAGUGAGGACCAGCUCGCACCUCGCAAGACCCUCUACAGCCUGAACUGCAUGGAGUGGAGCCUCUUGCCCCCUGCCACGGAGGAGAUGCUGCUGCAGACAUCUGUGGUGAGCGGCCGCUUUCUGGGGGACCCCUCACAUGAGUAUGAACACACGGAGCUGCAGAAGGUGAACGAUGGUGACAAGGUCUUUGAAGAAGAAGUGGUGAUUCAGAUCAAAGAAGAGACCCGCUUGGUGUCCAUCAUUGACCAGAUUGACAAAGCUGUGGCCAUUAUUCCCCGAGGUGCCCUCUUCAAGACCCCUUUUGGAACCACCCAUGUCAAUCGGACCUUUGAAGGACUGUCCUUGUCCGAGGCCAAGAAGCUCAGUUCCUACUUCCACUUCAAGGAGGCUGUUGAACUGAAGAACAAGACCUUGCUUGAGAAGGCUGACUUAGACCCUUCCCUGGACUUCAUGGACUCCUUGGAGCAUGAUAUCCCCAAAGGGUCCUGGAGCAUCCAGAUGGAGCGGAGCAACGCCUUGGUUGUGCUUCGUAGCCUGCUCUGGCCAGGCCUCACCUUCUACCACGCCCCCUGCACCAAGAACUACGGCUACAUCUACGUGGGCACUGGGGAGAAGAACAUAGACUUGCCCUUCAUGCUGUAGGAUGGGGGUCGGCCUGGGGAUUUUUAAUGUAAAGACUCUAAACGUUAUUUUCAUAAACUUC